AUGCUCCGCACCCUCGUCACUGUUCUCGCGCUCGCGUCCGCCGUCAUGGGCGCCCAGAAGCCCAAGACCAAGGAGCCGCGCGUCAAGAUCACUGUCGACCACAAGCCGGACGACUGCCCUGUUCGCUCGAGGCAGAACGACAUGCUCGCCAUGCACUACAUCGGCAAGUUCAAGGACGGCUCUGUCUUCGACAACUCGUACGACCGCAACAUGCCCCUCGAGUUCACGCUCGGCACCGGCAUGGUGAUCAAGGGCUGGGACGAGGGCCUGAAGGACAUGUGCGUUGGCGAGAAGCGCACGCUCUUCAUCCCCUACCAGAUGGCCUACGGUGAGGGUGGCUUCGCUGGUCGCAUUCCCCCCAAGGCUGACCUCACGUUCGAGGUCGAGCUCGUCGACGUCAUCGGCCGUCGCGACCCGAAGCAGUACGAGUACAAGGACGACCCGAAGCACGACGAGCUCUAA